AUGGCCGCCGAAAUCGCCACGCCGGCGCGUCAAGCCAACCGAGAAGAUCGCAACUCUGGUGAUGGAGAAGACCGCGGCUCCGGUGAUGGAGAAGCCGACGGCUCCGGUGAUGGAGAAGCCGACGGCUUCGGUGAUGGAGAAGCCGACGGCUCCGGUCAUGGCGAGGCCUCCGAAGAUAAGUUGGAGAAACGAGGCCCGGCAAAGAGGUUGAGCCCAAAAGACCACUUCACAAUUGAAGCUAUAUCACCGAAAGGCCAACCGGUGGCACCCGCGGCUGUCAGAGUGACAUUUAAAAAUCAGUGCGGAGUUCUGGUUAGGGAUCGUCUCCCGAUCACUAUUAGAGAAUGGAACAAGACCAAGAAUGUGUCCGAAGAUCAGGUUGCCGAUAGGUACAAAGACACACUUUUUGACGACCUCAUGACACAUUUCACUUUGCCAGUUUUGAGAUCGGAGUCUGAGAUGGCCAAGCAGAGGGCGCUAGUGAAGAAAUGGGCUCUUAAGAAGAUGGGGGAACUUUUCCGGGCGUAUAAGAACCGGUUAUGGGCAACUUAUAAGGCCGAGAAGAAGCCUCCAUUAUUCGAAAACUAUCUAGCGAAGCAGGAGCAUAACUGGGAAGAAUUUGUGAAGUACAAAGAAUCAGAGGAGGCUAUGAGACUCUGCGGCGCUAGCGGCUCAAGUUGGCUGUACCGUGGAGGAAUUGCUGAGUGCCCGUGA